AUAUUUUACUGGUCUCAGCGCACCUCGGUAAAAUGGCUGUAUCUAAGUGAGCCUCGUGCUGGUGUGAUCCGUUCCUCGGCUGUAGUCUACUUCUGCAACAGAACCCCCACAAAUUCCGUGUCGGUUAAAUUUCAUUUCCCGGGAACUCGGUGCGAGAGAGUCUAAAAAACGGGGCCGACGGUGGAGUCCGGAUUCGGUCCGGCGUAAGGGGUGGGGAUGAGUCGGGACACGGGUAAAUUGUUGUAAAACUAUUGUAUUUACAUUCAAUGUUUCGCGUUUGAUUGUGACCGACUCGCCGAGAGGGAGAGGGGGGGGGAUCAUGGCCGCUCAGGUCGCCAGCGCUACCUCUCUCAACACCAGCCCGCCUUCCGAGCUGAAAAAACCGGAUCGAGACCCAAAGGAGGAGUCGGUACCGGGGGAGAAGCAGCAGGAAAAUAAGGAACCGGGACUAGAGAGCGGAUCUCCGGCUCGCGGGGAACUGCAGGACCGGGCCGAUGUGGGAAAUGCUGGGGGAGGAGGGGAGUCGGAGAUGAAGAACGGCAACGGGAAUCCGUCGAGGGUGAACAAUAAUCAAAAUGAGACCACCGGACCGGAGGGGAACAACCACCCUGGGAUGGUACACCAUCACGCGCCCGGGUUUCAGCCAGCUUCCUAUAGCUACGCGCAGCACUACGGCCGGGCCCCUUUUCAUCAACAUGGCGGACAACAAAGCCCUGGCAUGGCAGCUGCAGCGGGGCCAGGCGCGCUGUCGAGCAGCAUGAUGGACCCCUAUCAACCCAACUCCCAUGAUCACGGCUUCCCGAACCACCAGUACAACAACUACAGUCCGUUCGGGAACCGAAGCCCGUACCCGGGCCAAGGCUACGGCAUGAACUCUCCGCGCAGCGCUCCUCAAGCUCAGGCGGUAGGGGGGCAGUCAGCCAAGCAGCAGCAGCCAGCAGCGGCUGCAUCUUACAGCAAUCAGCGGUAUAACAUGGGAAACCCGCAGCCAACAUCCACCCCGACUCUCAACCAGCUUCUCACCUCCCCGAGCGGUGCCCGGGGCUACCCGAAUUACCCGCCGAGCGACUACAACAGCCAGGACGGUGCUAAGGGACCAGCAGAUAUAGGCAGCAGCAGCGGGCAGUAUGGUGGGGGCCAUCCGGGUUGGCAACAAAGGACCCAUCACCCGCCACCCAUGAGUCCUGGAAGUACCGGACAGCCCCUGGGUAGAAACCAGACUCCAGGCUCCAUGGAUCAAAUGGGGAAAAUGCGCGGUCAGCCGUAUGGGUCAGGUGGGCCUUACUCCCAGCAGCCCCAUCAAGGGCCUCCUUCAGGGCCCCAGCAGGGCCCUGCUUACCCAGGCCAGGGCUAUGGGCCCCCUGGCCCACAGAGAUACCCUAUGGGCAUGCAAGGACGUAUGCAGUACGGCCAACAGAUGCCAUCAUACGGACAGCAGGGACCAGGGGGUUACGUGCAGCAGGGGCAGCAGCCUUAUUAUGGUCAGCACGGUCAGGGGCCUCACUCCGGCCAGCAGCAGUCGCCAUACCCCCAGCCGUCCCCUGGGCAACCAGGAGUCCAGGCACCUUAUUCACAGCAACCUCAUGCUCCCCAGUCAUCUGGCCCACAUGCACAGGCUGGCCCUCCUUACCAACAACCCCACAUGCCCCAGCAAACUCAGGGGCAAAUGCCCGGCCCCUCGCCGGGCUCAUCCCAGUCCCCGUACUCGCAGUCCUCAGCAGCAUCCCAGUCUAGCCAGUCUCCCUAUCCACAGCAACAGGUGCCUCAGUCCCAGCCCUCACAGCAGGGGAGCUCCCAGGCUCCUCCUGCAUCCCAGGCCCAGCCCAGCUACCCGCCCGGCCAAGGCCCCCAGCAGCAGCAGCCGCCACCACCACCAUCACAGCAGCCACCGCAGACGCCUACACCUGCUUCUCAGCAGCCCGCGGGACACGGACAGAUGCCGCAGGGACAGCCCACGUCAUACUCCCAGAAUCCCCCACAACAACAGCAGCAGCAACAAUCACCGUAUCAGCGAUUUCCUCCUCCUCCUCAGGAGAUUUCCCAGGAGUCUUUUAGCUCCCAGUCCAGCGCUCCAACCUCCGGCCCGCCUUUGGCAUCGAAGAGCAGCACAGAGGACAUGCAGGGCAGACCCUCCAGUCUACCAGACCUAUCCGGUUCUAUCGAUGACCUACCUACUGGUACGGAGGGCGCUCUGAGUCCUGGAGUCAGCACAUCUGGAGUAUCUAGCAGUCAAGGAGAGCAGAGCAAUCCAGCACAGUCGCCCUUCUCCCCCCACACCUCUCCCCCGGUGGGCUCGCCUGCCAGUGCCUCAGCAUCUCGUUCGGGGCCGCUGUCUCCUGCCACGAUGCCAGGGAACCAGAUGCCUCCCCGCCCUUCAAGUGGACAGUCUGAUGGGAUCAUGCACCCUUCGAUGAAUCAACCUGGCAUGGGACAAGAGAGAGGAUAUAUGCAGAGAAACCCUCAGAUGGCUCCCUAUGGGUCUCCACAGUCUAGUUCUGCUUUGUCUCCUCGUCAGUCAUCUGGAGGCCAGGUGCAUGCUGGAAUGGUUUCUUAUCAACAGAACAACUCUGUGGCGAACUAUGCGCCUCAGGGUGGUGGUCAAUAUGGGCCACAAGGUUAUCCCAGGCAGCCUGGUUAUAGUGGCAUGCCUAAUGCCAAUUACCCAGGCCCUGGCAUGGGCGGAUCCAUGAAUCCUAUGUCUGGGCAAGGAGGAGGGCCACUGUUUGCAGGCAUGGCUUCUGGGAGGAUGCCUCAUGGCCAGAUGGGUGCACGUCCCUUUGGCCCCAACAUGGGUCCCAACAUGAGUCCUAGUAUGGGCCCUAAUAUGGGUAACAUGCCCCCUCAAGUGGGAACCGGGAUGUGCCCACCUCCAGGCCUCAACAGAAAGCCACAGGACGCCUCAGCAAUGCAGCAUGGACCCGCCAACUCGAUACACAUAAGACUACCAGGUUACCCCAAUAUGUCUCCUGGUCCUGGUAUGAUGGCCUCAGGACCUCCGUAUGUCCCCUCUAUGAACAACAUGCCUGGGAUGAUGAACACCCAGGGUUCUCCCUACCCCAUGGGUGGUAACAUGUCUAACAACACUAGUGGCAUGUCCCCUGGUCCAGACUUUGGUAUGGAUGGGAAAAUUAACCAAGCCCAGAAAAUGAAUAACAAAGUUGAGGGUACACCCAAGACAGAAUCAAAAUCCAAGAAGUCAAGUUCCUCCACAACAACCAAUGAGAAGAUCACUCGGUUGUAUGAGCUAGGCCCAGAGCCAGAAAGAAAGAUGUGGGUAGACCGUUACUUGGCUUUCAUAGAGGAAAAAGCCAUGGGCAUGAGUAACCUUCCAGCUGUGGGACGUAAGCCCCUUGAUCUCUUCCGCCUCUACAUGUCCGUCAAGGAGAUUGGAGGUCUUACACAGGUUAAUAAGAACAAAAAAUGGAGGGAGCUGGCCACAAAUCUGAACGUGGGGACCUCCAGCAGUGCCGCCAGCUCUCUGAAAAAGCAGUACAUCCAAUGUCUGUAUGCUUUUGAAUGUAAAAUUGAGCGUGGAGAAGACCCACCACCUGACAUUAUGUCUGGAGAUAGCAAAAAGAACCAGGCCAAAAUUCAGCCUCCCUCCCCAGCUGGAUCUGGCUCUCUCCAGGGGCCCCAGACACCACAGUCCACCAGCAGCUCCAUGGCGGAAAGCGGAGACUUGAAGCCCCCUACUCCUGCCUCCACCCCACACAGCCAGAUGCCCCCAAUGCCAAGUGGCAGGAGCAGUGUGAACUUGCAAGAUCCAUUUGCUGAUAGCGACUUCUCACGGAGAAGCACUAUGACCCCCAACUCUGGCUACCAGUCAGGCAUGAGCACCCCAGAGAUGCCUGUUCGCAUGGGACCCUAUGAACCCAAUAAAGACCACUUCAGUGGUAUGCGUAAAGUUGGAGAACAGUUCAUGUCUGGUGGGCAGGGUCCCAACAGCAGUCUUAGUGAUCAGUGCAACAGGGGACCACAAGGCCCUAUGGGAAACAUGCCUAUGGGCCAGCGACACCAGUAUCCAUAUGGUCCCGGUUAUGACAGAAGACCAGAGUCAGGGAUGGGCACAGAUGGCAGCAUGGGGCCUGGAGUGCCACAGCCAAAUAUAAUACCUUCCAGUGCUGAAGCUGGAAUGUACUCACCAAAUCGUUACCCUCCACAGCAACAGCGACAUGAUUCCUAUAGUAAUCAGUAUCCUGGGCAGGGUGCGCCUCCUGGUGGCUCCUAUCCGAAUCAGCAGCCUGGAAUGUACCCGCAACAACAAUUGAACUACAAAAGGCCAGGUGAUGGCAGCUACCCACCAGCUAAACGGCAUCAUGAUGGUGAGAUGUUCAGUGGGCCAUACAACGCUCAGCAGCCACAGCCACCAACGCAGGCUCCCCCUAGUGGUCCCUCAAGUGGUCAGCAGGAAAUGUUUAACCAGUAUAACAGUUCUUACCCUGGUUCUGAGCGCCGCCCAGCUGGUCCUCAGAAUCAGUUCACUUUCCCCUUUGGAAGAGAUCGGAUGCAAGCAGGGACGGGCCCAAACUCCCAGGGUUCCAUUCCACCUCAAAUGAUGGGCAGUCCAAUGCAGUCUGGUCCUGACGGUCCUCAAGGUGGCAUGUGGCAGGGCAGAGGUGAUAUGGGCUACCCCAGUUACCCUAACCGUCAAGGACCUCCUGCUGGUCCUGGCCAGGGACCUGGCUACCAUGCAAUGAACCGAUCUGAAGACAUGAUGUCAUCUGAACCACGCAUGAAUCAUGAUGGGCAGUGGCCUGGGCCACGACAACCCCCAUAUGGCCCUGGUGGUGCAGGUCCACCAAUGAGCAGACCCUUGCAGUCCAACUACCAGUCUCCUCAAACCAUGCAAAACCACAUUCCACAGGUUUCAAGCCCCACGCCCAUGCCUCGCCCCAUGGAAAGUAGGACUUCCCCCAGCAAAUCACCCUUCAUGCCCAGCAAUAUCAAAAUGCAGAAGGUGGGACUUCCAGUCCCUGCAUCUCACAUUGUACCUCCCUCAGUACAGCCUCCAAUGAUGAGAAGAGACCUAUCCUUCCCUCCAGGUUCCAUAGAGGCUACGCCGCCAGUUCUCAAAUCACGCAGGCGUCUUACCAUGAAAGAAAUUGGCACUCCAGAAGCAUGGAGAGUCAUGAUGUCCCUUAAAUCAGGACUGUUGGCAGAGAGCACAUGGGCUUUAGACACCAUCAACAUCUUGUUAUAUGAUGACAACAGUAUUUCAAAUUUCAACCUUAUACAGCUCCCUGGUUUCCUGGAACUAAUUGUUGAGUAUUUCCGCCGUUGCCUCAUUGAGAUCUUUGGGAUUCUGAGGGAAUAUGAAGUUGGUGAUCCAGGACAAAGAGCUCUGUUGGAUCCCAGCGUGCUCAAAAAAGAUGAAAACACUGUGGAAGACGAGGUAUUGGUGGAGGGCAUGGAGGAAGAUGGAGAAACAGAGGAGGAAGAUGAAGGAGAGGAAAUGCACAGGUCAAAACAUCAAGAACAACAUUCAGCACCGCUCCAGAUAAAACAGGAAGAAAAACCAAGGACGCUUGAAGACUCUGUGAAGAAAGAAGAUUGCCAAGGGAUUGAAGGAGAGUCAUCUGCAGAACCCAAGACUUCAGAGCCACCAUGUCUCGAGUUGGCUGUGACUCAAGAGAAGCCCAAACAGGCUAGCAAGUUUGAUAAGCUUCCCUUGAAGAUUGUAAGAAAGAAGGAUCCAUUUGUGGUGGACUGCUCGAAUAAGCUUGGCCGAUUGCAGGAAUUUGACAGCGGCCUUCUGCACUGGAGUAUCGGUGGAGGUGAUACAACAGAACACAUCCAAACCCACUUUGAAAGCAAGAUGGACCUGUUGCACCAUCGGAAGCAUCUUGCUGCCCAGGUCCCAGACAGAAAGAGAGAGCUCAGAAGGACAGCCAGGCACCUUCACUGCCCUCAUCCAGUGAAGAGCAACGAAAAGAAGUGGAUCGGCAGCCUUCUCCAGAGUCAUCCACUGAGAAAGUGACCAACGGAAUUUCAGAUUUGAGGGAGGACAGACCUGCUGACUGCUUAGAAACUGCCUCUGAGGGGACAUCACACA